AUGGAAAAUUUCUACUGUCACAAGGGUAUAUCCGUGAGUAUAGAAGGUGAUUCAGAGCAACCAUUUAACUGGACCACAGAGAAAGUUGAGACUUGUGACAAUGAAAUAUACUGCCAGGAGUCUGUGCUGGUCAUCAAAACAGGGGGCCAGACAGCAGUGCUGGCCACUAAGGGCUGCAUCGCUGAAGGGGAACAGGCCGUGACAUUUGUCCAGCACUCUCCAUUUCCUGGUAUAUUCACCAUUUCAUACAGCAACUACUGUGGGUCGUCCUUUUGCAACAGCAGAGAAGGGAUAUCUGAAUUACUGCAAACACAAGUGACCUCAGCUCCCGGAAAGGCAACCAGCCUCCACUGCCCAACCUGUGUGGCUUUGGGGUCCUGUUCCAGUGCGCCUUCUCUUCCCUGUCCCAGUGGAGUAACUCACUGCUAUCAAGGAAGACUUCAGGUUAUUGGAGGAGGCAUCAACGCAGAGCUGGAGAUCAAAGGCUGCUCAUCCUCAGCUGGUUGCAGGCUCAUGUCUGGGUUCUUUACAAUAGGACCCAUGUGGGUGAAGGAAAAGUGUCCAUUUCAGCCUCUCUCUCAACCCCAAAUAAUUGAAAAUGGGGCCACCUGCCUUCCCAUUGCAGUGCAGAGGUCAGCGCUACUGCUACCGCCACUGCUACAGCAGCUUGCCCAUCGUCCCUGAGGAAGCGCGAGCCUUUGACUGCUGA